UACUAUUGCUGUUACUAUAUUUAGAAAUUGGAAAGAAUCAAAUCGUGUCCAAACCAUCACUUACAACAAUGUGAUCGUGGCGGUUUUAAUUUAGCGAAAAGGCAACACGAGUAUGGAGUGCGGUUGUUUGACACUUCUUUCUCCUCCAACGGUCUAACUUUGACUAUCCUUCAUCCUUCCAAGUCCCCUUACGUCGUCUUUGAAUUCUUCUCCUUUUUUAUAUUCUUUUUUUCCCAUAGACAAAAAUGUCUUCACCAAUUUCUCUAAACCCUAAAAUAACCGCUUCGCCUCUCAAUUUCUCAACCACCUUCCUUUUCUAAUCGGUUAUCAUGUCCGUAUUCGUCGUAACCGCCAUGGAUUUCGCCAUUCUCGGUUUUCUGGUUCCGUCUCUAUGGGAGAUCGAAGUCGCUUUCGCUGCCUCUGUCUUCGUUAUCCUCGCUUAUUGGUUUUUCACUUUCAGAACCGGUGACCGGAAUUCCGAUCGAUCGAUUUCUGAUAAUUCCGCCGCUGAUGCCUCCGACGAUAAGUUCUGCACUUAUUUUUGUAGAUUGGGCAGUCCAAAGGAGAUUCCCAAGCCAGUUCGGCAUACCUGAUUAAGUUAGAACUCUUGGCUGCUAAAAAUCUAAUUGCUGCAAACUUAAAUGGCACAUCGGAUCCUUAUGCCAUCAUCACAUGUGGCAAUGAAAAACGAUUCAGUUCCAUGGUCCCGGGUUCAAGAAAUCCAAUGUGGGGUGAAGAGUUCAAUUUCUCUGUCGAUGAACUUCCUGUCCAGAUCAAUGUCACAAUUUAUGACUGGGAUAUAAUUUGGAAAAGUGCUGGUCUUGGUUCGGUGACUGUUCCAGUUGAAAGUGAAGGUCAAACUGGUGCAGUGUGGCAUACUUUGGAUAGCCCAUCAGGGCAGGUUUGUCUUCAUAUAAAAACAAAAAAACUAUCUGCAAAUUCUGCCAGGAUAAAUGGUUAUGGUGGAGCUAACACUCGAAGAAGGAUACCCUUGGAAAAACAGGGGCCUACUGUAGUUCAUCAGAAGCCAGGACCUCUUCAAACAAUAUUUGAUCUCCAUCCAGAUGAGGUUGUUGAUCAUAGUUAUUCUUGUGCACUUGAGAGGUCAUUCUUGUACCAUGGUCGGAUGUAUGUCUCAACGUGGCACAUUUGUUUCCAUUCCAAUGUGUUCUCGAAGCAAAUGAAGGUGAUUGUUCCAUUUGAAGAUAUAGAUGAGAUUCGAAGGAGUCAACAUGCAUUUAUUAAUCCUGCUAUAACAAUUAUUCUUCGUAUGGGUGCUGGUGGACAUGGUGUCCCUCCUUUGGGAAGUCCUGAUGGUAGAGUCAGAUAUAAGUUUGCAUCAUUUUGGAACAGGAAUCAUGCAUUUAGAAAUCUACAACGCGCAGCAAAGAACUUCCGUGAAAUGUUGGAAACUGAGAAGAAGGAGAAUGCAGAGUCAGAAUUGCGUGCACAUAGCAGUUCUGUCAGAAGAAGUAACAUAAUGGAUAAGGUUCCUGAAGCCAGCUUGCCAAAAGCUGGAAAACUUCAAACUUUUAUAAAAGAAGAGGCUUUAGUUGGUAUAUACAAUGAUAUUUUCCCUUGCACAGCUGAGCAGUUUUUUAUCUUAUUGUUAAAGGAUGAUUCAAAAUUUACUAGCAAGUAUCGAUCAGUACGAAAGGAUACUAAUGUUGUGAUGGGACAGUGGCAUUCAGCAGAAGAAUAUGAUGGUCAAGUCCGAGAGAUAACCUUCAGAUCCCUGUGUAAUAGCCCUAUGUGCCCCCCAGACACAGCCAUGACAGAGUGGCAACAUGUUGUGCUAUCAUCAGACAAGAAAAACUUGGUGUUUGAGACUGUGCAACAGGCACACGAUGUUCCUUUUGGGUCCUAUUUUGAGGUGCACUGUAAAUGGAGUAUGGAGACAACCGGUGAAAGUUCAUGUACUCUGGACAUUAGAGUGGGUGCACAUUUCAAGAAAUGGUGUGUGAUGCAAUCCAAAAUUAAGUCAGGGGCAGUCAAUGAGUACAAGAAAGAAGUUGAUGUGAUGUUAGAUGUUGCUCGUUCAUAUAUAAAGUCACAUACUUCUGAAGAUGAGAAUGAUAACGCCUCUUCAUCCCCUGCAGCGAAUCUGGAAAAUUAAUAUUUCUGGGCAACGUCAGAUUAGAAUUUUGUUGGUCUGUGCAAUAUUGUAACUUUCCUUUUCUUGUUAUUUAUUCUUGUACACGCAGCGCCCAAAUUGCAUGUAUAUUUUGAUGCACAUUUGUCAGUAACUUGCUUGUCAUAGUGUUUCCAUCAUUACUCUUGAAAGGUUUAUGUGAAAAUGAAAAUUUCUUUAUAUUGUCAUA